AUGGACCUACAGGUAGGUAUGAGGGACAUCAACCCUGAGGUUGCCAAAUUGAAGCACUGGUCAUCAGUGCUUAGCACCAUUUUCAAGGUCCUUGGCAUCUUGAUGUGCUUGUUAUGGAAUAGUGUGAUAUUUGACCCUAACCGCAAUGGACUUGAAAAAUACCUUUUCUCGCCAAUGGUUGCCCAGUCAUUUUUUGCCAACAAGGUUGUCCUCAGUAAAGAAGCCCGUGCUGCUCUCAGGCUCGAGCGGUGUGCCAAAUCCCUUCAGUUCAAGGAUGUGUUAGAUGACACAUGGAAGCAGCUUGACGAUGCUACCAAAACAAUUGGAACUUCACACCAUAAAAGCAUCUGCCAAGUUCAAAAUGAUUUAUACAUAGGUCGUGGACUUCUCUGCUCAAAGUGCUCUAAGGCCAAUUUAUGGAAUGUGUUCUGCUGGAAGAAAAACCAAGAUGAAGAGAACACCAUGGUACUAACUGUCUGUGAACACAAGUCUGAAUACCUCACGCUCUCAAAGGAGCAACAAGAUGACCUUCUCACUGAGUUCACUGCGUGGAAGGAGAUGAAGAAGACCGGUGUUCGCACCACAGCAGCAAAGUCAAAAAUCAAUGAUAUCACACAAACCUUGAAGGCAGUGGAAAACGAGCUCAAGAGCCUCCAAUAUCAUACGGGUGCGGAAUCUAUUCUCUACACUACAUGUGGAUCUACUGAUGUUCCCCUCCAAGGUAUUGUGUUUGCCACUCAAGGUGUUGACAACUUCAUGGAUACCGUCAUGGGGAUCAAUAAUCAAGAUUUAGUGAGUAAAAUGGAAGGUGUCGCCAUCCAGGGUAUGAAAGGUUCUGCGAAAAACCACCAGAAACGUGUCUCUGAUAAAUGUGCAGAAAUCUGCGACACCCGGGCCAUCAACCGAAAGCUUUCAGUGAUGCUGCAGAGCCAGCCAAGCCUCACAACACAGCAGCCCCAUCUGCUGGGCCCGGGUGUUGCUGCCACUGGUUCUGCAUCUCCUUCCAUUCCACAGCCUUCUGAUUCUCCUGUGCAACAACCGUUGGCAGAUGAAGGUCCUAACUCUAUCAUUCCCUCCUUCGACAGCAAGGCAAUGUUGGCUGACUUAGACCGAGCACCUGCAUUGUGGAGCUCAUUGUUGGAGUGA